GCCGUCGUGCUUUUUGUCUUUUCUUGUGCCACGAUUACCGACCUAGGUAGUCUACACCACUUUCAACACUGUUCGUGACGUUCCGGGUGUUUUCCAAAAGUUAUUUCUCCAUCUUUUCUCCCGUCAGGGCGACCAAUUCGGGCUAGACCAAUGCGUUCCUUCGACAUCAUCAAGCUUUCUUGCAUCGAUCGCGCCUCGUCCAUGCCCGCUACUACUCUGCCGCUGCUCGUCAGGGCUCUGUUUGCGCGUCCACGAACACGUCCGACAACCGGCAGGAUGCUUGGCCGCCAGUGCUACACAGAGUCGUGUUAUAGCUGUAGUGGGAGCUGUUCACCGUCCCGCAUGUUAAAGUGCCACAUUGUUGUAGUCAUUUGCGUGCAGGAAUAGCCAGUCCUCGUAGAGCAGUGGUCUGGACAACCUUGGAACCCACG